UUUUUAGAAAAAAAAAUUAAAAAUGACCUCCAGUAAAUCAGCAAAUGGUGCUAAUUCUGCAGAUAAUUGUGAAGAUUUAAUGGAAGAUGGAGAAGAAGAAUGUCCACAAACUUCGCUUAAUCCGACAGAAUUUUUGAAAAUGAAACCAAAAAAGUCAAUUUUAAAAAUUAACAACAAACAAACUUCUGUUGAUGAUUUGACCCAACCUAUGGAGGAACAAGUUGUUGGUGAACAUAGAGAGAGGAUUCAAAGCGAUGAAAGUCAGAAGGCGCGAUUUGACGAGAUGAAUAUUUUGGCAACGCAUCAUCCACCAAAUAAGGACUAUGGACAUAUGAAGAUUGAUGAGCCAAAAACUCCAUAUAAUGCUGGUUAUAGUGACAGCGAAGGCGAAGAACUUUCUUCUGGUGGAGGGACUGGACGUCCAAGAAGAGUUUCUCUUGCUGGUGCUGUUGAUGCCGAUGAAUUGCGUAAAUGUAUUUCUGAGGGAGCUGGGACUAAACCUAAGGUGCUAGAUCCUCCUGGAUCGGGAGAAGAUGAGGACGAUGAUGAUGCGGUGCUUACUGAGGAACAAUUGGCUCACAAACGAGAAUUUGAUAAGAAACGUCGACAACAUUAUAAUGAAGGGAUGUUUUUGCGCAAAAUGAAGGAAUCGCAACAGCCUGACGACGAAGAUGAUUGA